CAAUGGGGGAUGAAGAAGAAUCCUUAGCUCUUAAUCCUAAGUUAUUAGCAAUAUAAUAAUAAUAUAAACACUUAGUUAAGUAAGAAUUGAUCCCUAAAUAAGGAUUUUAAGGACCAAAUCCUUAUAGACGUGGCGGCAUUGGGUGGCCAUUGUCCUCUUGUUGAUUUCUCUUUUGCCUCGUGUUUCUUCUGAUCUCGUGCGGAUCUGUCAAAGCAGGGAAACAACGGAUCGAGAUCAGCGACGAUCUAGACGACAUGGAAGACAAUGAAGAAGACGAAUCAUGGAAAUCAUCAUCGAGAUCGACUCAAGCGUUCACAGUGAUUAUCCUUCUGCUCGUGGUGAUUAUGAUUCUUCUCGGUCUCGGGAUCUUGUCACUUCCCAAUGCAAACAUAAACUCUUCCAAGCCCAACGACUUGACCAACAUUGUACGCAAGAGCCAGGAGCAGAGUGGUGGAGAUGAGGAAGGGAACGGGGAGCGUUGGGUUGAAGUGAUUUCGUGGGAGCCUAGAGCUGUUGUUUACCACAACUUCUUGAAUCUUUUUGACUUUGUGAUUCCAUAGAGUUUAGAUCUACUUGAAUCUUUUUUUUUGAAAUGUGUUGAAAAUGGAGGAAACACAUUUUUGUCAGUUAGAAAUUGGAGUUUUUUCAUUUUCAAUGAAAAUGACUCGGAGAGAGGGAGGGAACACACAUGUGGCUUGUGUCUGAAAUGAGUUACUAAAUUGGAAUGUCCGAGAUGUGAUCUUGUGUUU